AUGUCUGAAAUCGAAAACCCGCUCGUUCUAGCUCCAACAGAACUCUCCCACCCGCUGAAAGCGAAAGGAUUCGUAGAGACGGCCAGUGGAGAGCAGUUCGGUGCAGCUUCACCGUGAGAACACACCUAAUAAAAAACAAACUUCUAACCCAACCGUGUUCAGAAUCAAGAGUUCGUUCACUAACGACAAAAAGUUCAUCCCGAAUCAGAACAACAAAAAUGCCAUGAACAACAAAAAUCCGCCACGAAAAAUCUUCGCCGAGUAUAUUUCCGAGGAAGAAUCAGUGGCAGGAUGCAAAAACGGCAGUAUGUUCAAGGUUUUAUCGCUGUACAGAAGAGUGUCAAUAUUUUUCCACAUUUUCAGAGUGUUCUUCGAAUAAAUCCGAAAAACUAUCAAGAGUGUUUCCUGGAUCACCCGAAAGGCACUGACAAUCCAGACGUGCUCGUUCUGGGUCAGGAUAGGAACCGUGCUAUGCAAGGAGACGUCGUGACGGUUAAGCUGAAGGCUAAAGAGGACUGGUUCGUCAACUACGUAGAAUACGUGAAAUGGUGGGGGCUGAACAAGCAAACGGAACGGAAAGCCCCUAUUACUGAUAACAAUACCAACAAAGUGGAGAAGAGAUGCCUUCGAAAUGUGAGUUAGAUGCUCGGAAAGUCUCAAUGCAAAUGUUUUGCUCUUUAGGAAAUCGAGGACAACGGCGUGACUGUAGACGAAGUGCCGGAAUCGUGUCUCAUCGCCAUCGGAGCCAUCGUCAGAAUAAACGAAAAGAAGCACUUCCGAGUGGCCGCUGGAAAACUUCAGUUGAUGCCGAACAGUGCCAAUCCGAAUGUCCUCUUCGUGGCCUCUGAUUCCAGAGUUCCGAGAAUGUUGAUUCCAAAGUCUCAAGUGGAUCCAGAGUUCUUUAAUCGUCCGAAAGAUUUCGAUAGGUUUUUGUACACGGCGAAAAUCCUGGACUGGCGUGCCGAGUCGGUUUACGCCGACGGACAGCUCGUCAAGUUGUUGGGAAUGUCUGGGGAGAUUGAAACGGAAACCGAGAAAAUACUGUACGAGCACCAGAUCGAUCACAGAGAGUUCAGCAAAGAAUGCCUCGAAUCGCUUCCGAUUUCCACUGCCGAAGGAUGGAAGAUUCCAGAGGAUGAGAUCUUGAAACGGCGCGAUUUCCGCAGUGAGAUUGUUUUCACAAUCGACCCUAAAACUGCUCGUGAUCUCGACGACGCUCUUCACGUAAAACACAUUGAUGACUGCGAUGGUGACGGUACGCCAGGAUUCGAAGUCGGAGUUCACAUCGCCGAUGUGACCUACUUCCUCACAGAGGGAACUGAGCUCGACAAAUGGGCAGCGGAUCGUGGAAACAGUACAUAUCUGUCUCAAAUGGUCAUUCCGAUGCUCCCGCGUAUUCUCUGUGAGCAGUUGUGCUCACUCAAUCCGGGAGUCGAUCGUCUUUCUUUCUCGGCUGUGUUCAAAAUGAACUACGAGGCAGAGCUGAAGCAUGUUUGGUUUGGAAGAACCAUCAUUCGCUCCCGUGUCAAGCUCGCCUACGAGCAUGCUCAGGACUUCAUCGAGAACCCGGAGAAGGACUUUACGACGGAAGAACUUCCAGAGAUCUCCGACAAAAACACACCUCACGAAAUCAAAGAGAAGACGUUGAUGCUCCAUAGAUUGGCUCAGCUUAUCAGAGCGAGAAGAGAAGAAGCUGGAGCACUGCGCAUCGAGCAGCCCAGACUCAAAUUCGCUUUGGAUGAGGAGAAGAAACCACAGGCUGUUUCUGUUUAUGAAAUCAAGGACUCUAACAAGCUGAUUGAAGAAUUCAUGCUUCUGGCCAAUAUGGAAGUGGCAAAGAAGAUCGAGAGAUCCUUCCCGGAUCACGCUCUUCUUCGUAAUCAUCCGCCGCCGAAGGAGAAGAUGAUGGCGGCCGUGGCUGAACAGUGUGCCAAGAUCGGAUUCCCGCUGGACGGAAAGACGUCUGGCCUCUUGUCGACUUCUCUCCGCAAAUGGGCGGGAAAGUCUCGUCUCGACAUGUGCAUCCGCCAAGUCAUCUCAUCGCUGACGAUCAGACCGAUGCAACAGGCCAAGUACAUUUGCACUAACGAUAAAUCGCCCUCUUUCCUCCGUCACUAUGCUCUCAAUGUCGAUCAGUUAGUUUCCAUUGCAGAUUUACUUUCCUUAGCUUUUGAUUCUUUCAGUUACACCCAUUUCACCUCUCCAAUCCGCCGUUAUCCGGAUGUCAUCGUUCAUCGUCAGCUAGCCGCUGCACUUGAAGGCCACGACAAUUCGGAAAGAGUGGCGGAAGACAUCGAGACCAUUGUUAGAUUAGAUUUAAUUGUGUGAAAUUUUGAAGCCUAUGUUUCACUUUCAGUGCAAGCGAUCCAACGACACAAAGCAGGCGUCGAAGGAAGCCUCGGAAGCGUCCGCCCUUCUUUACUUCGGCGUUUUCAUCCAUCAGACGGGCAAGAUGACGUGUAGCGCGGUCGUUCUCGGAGUCAUGGAUCUCUCGUUCGACGUGCUCAUUGUCGAUUACGGCGUGGUGAAAAGAGUUUAUGUUGACGUGCGUUAUCUUCGUAUUGCCUGCCUCAUUUACUCUUUUCCAGAAAAUGAAAAGGAUCUACGACAAAAAGGCGGAGCAGUUGACCCUCGAAUGGCCCGCCGAUCCGAACGCCGAGCGGGGCAACACGGCUGCGUUCAGUACUGUCAUCCAGAUGUGCACCGUCAUCACUGUCGUGUUGGCUCCGAUGAAAGAGGUCGAAGUGAGCGCCACAAUGAGCCGUCCGACGUUGAACCAGCGGGAUCUGCUCAAAGUUACAUUGAAGGACAUGAAAGAGACAGGAUCUCUGCUGCUGGAGUAG